CGCCCAGCCAGCCCAGGCCUUUGGCGAACAUGGCGCUUGUCCCCAGUCAGGUGCUGCGGGUGGCGAUUCUGCUGUCCUACUGCUCUAUCCUGUGCAACUACAAGGCCAUCGAAAUGCCCUCGCACCACACCUACGGAGGGAGCUGGAAAUUCCUGACGUUCAUAGAUCUGGUGAUACAGGCUGUCUUCUUUGGCAUCUGUGUGCUGACUGAUCUUUCCAGUCUUCUGACGAGAGGAAGUGGGAACCAAGAACAAGAGCGGCAACUCAAGAAGCUCAUCUCUCUUCGGGACUGGAUGCUAGCUGUGUUGGCCUUUCCUGUUGGGGUUUUUGUUGUAGUGGUGUUCUGGAUCAUUUAUGCCUAUGACAGAGAGAUGAUUUACCCGAAGUUGCUUGAUAAUUUUAUCCCAGGGUGGCUGAACCACGGAAUGCACACGACAGUUUUGCCCUUUAUAUUGAUCGAGAUGAGGACAUCACACCAUGGGUAUCCCAGCAGGAGCAGCGGACUCACUACCAUAUGUACCUUCUCUCUUGGCUAUAUAUUAUGGGUGUGUUGGGUGCAUCAUGUGACCGGGAUGUGGGCGUACCCCUUCCUGGAACACAUUGGCCCGGGAGCCAGAGUCAUCUUCUUUGGGUCUACAACCAUCUUUAUGAACUUUUUGUACCUGCUGGGAGAAGCCCUGAACAGCUAUAUCUGGGAUACACAGAGAAGUAUGGAAGAAGAGAAAGAGAAGCCUAAAUUGGAAUGAGAUCGAAGUGUACAAGGAAGAGCUGGACUGAGCUGCCAUGAAGACUCGUUAUCCCCAUUUCCCCUGGGGCACUGAGAGUACAGGAGAGGAAGCCUCACAGAACUUAGACCUCGGUGGAAUGUACCCCACCUCCCAGCCCAAGGGAGGACACCUUUUAUAGAGAAAUAAACUAUAUGAGAAUAGAAUACAGUUGUUUCCAAAAUAACUCCUCUUUGUUUGUUAAAGAGCUCGUUCCAAGUUCAUGAUUGAUGAUAACAUUUUCCCCCCUCUUCUAGUUUCUAAAACUAAAACUGCUCAUUGGAUUUUAAUCUGUGCAAUGGUAAUACCAUUAAGAAUAAAAUUCUGUUGUGUUU